AUGGUGCUGCUGCUGCUGGUGGCCAUUCCGCUGCUGGUGCACAGCUCCCGCGGGCCGGCGCACUAUGAGAUGCUGGGUCGCUGCCGCAUGGUGUGCGACCCGCACGGGCCGCGAGGCCCGGGACCCGACGGCGCGCCCGCCUCCGUGCCGCCCUUCCCUCAGGGCGCCAAGGGAGAGGCGGGCCGGCGCGGGAAGGCAGGUCUGCGAGGGCCCCCGGGACCGCCAGGUCCCAGAGGACCUCCAGGAGAGCCGGGCAGGCCAGGUCCCCCGGGCCCUCCCGGCCCCGGCCCCGGCGGGGUGGCGCCCCCUGCCGGCUACGUGCCUCGAAUUGCCUUCUAUGCGGGCCUGAGGCGGCCACACGAGGGUUACGAGGUGCUGCGUUUCGACGACGUGGUGACCAACGUGGGCAACGCUUACGAGGCGGCCAGUGGCAAGUUCACCUGCCCCAUGCCGGGUGUCUACUUCUUCGCUUACCAUGUGCUUAUGCGCGGCGGUGACGGCACCAGCAUGUGGGCCGACUUGAUGAAGAAUGGACAGGUCCGGGCCAGCGCCAUUGCUCAGGACGCGGACCAGAACUACGACUACGCCAGCAACAGCGUCAUCCUGCACCUGGAUGUGGGAGAUGAAGUCUUCAUCAAGCUGGACGGCGGGAAGGUGCACGGCGGUAACACCAACAAGUACAGCACCUUCUCUGGCUUCAUCAUCUACCCGGACUGAGCCGGGCCCCAUCCCCCCGCGCCCCCACUCGCCCUUCGC